AUGAACCGACCAGACGGUAUUAUGAACCGGCCAGACGGUAUUAUGAACCGACCAGACGGUAUUAUGAACGACAAAGGGAAAGGCACACUGCUGAUGAGCGAACGGAACAAAGGACCAAACAUGGACAGUGAAGAAUGUCCAAAGGAUCCCCAUGGUGAAACGCACCAAAAGAAACAAUCCCGUCAACAGAAUGUGCCAACAUGUAAUAUAACAACAGGUGAAGAGAAAGAAAAGAAUGAAAGAGAAGAUGUACUCAGGAAGGAUCGAAGAAGUGAUUUCAAUGAAGAAAAGACAAACACAGAAAAUUCACAAACGAAUCGACCUGAGGAGCAAGACAGAAAAAGUGCAAAUCGGGAUGAAGAGAAGUUCGUGAAGAAAGCGCCCAGUGAUGACCCUCUGUGGAUACACGGAGAAGGGCAUGCGUCUAAAAUGGACAUGAACAAGGCGGAAAUGUCAAAUAGGAAGGAAAUAUCAAAGGUAGGAAAACUGACCAAGCUGAUGCAGGAAAGGGGAGGAAAAAAGGGAGAAGCGACAAGGAGUGAUCCAGUGAGGAGAAAGGAUGCCUCCCAAGAAAGAAAAAAUGAGUUAAUGGAGAGGAGGAAUGGCUCGGCACGCACUCCGAACGGGUUAGCGGGUAGUCGAGGUGGUCCCCCAAAUAGCUCGGCGAAAUUUUCGCCCAAUUCUGCGCCAAAGUCGACAUCAAAAUUGGCCCCAAAAUUGGCCUCAAAAUUGGCCUCAAAAUUGGCCCCCAAUUCAGCCCCAAAAUUGACCUCAAAAUUGACCUCAAAAUUGACCUCAAAAAUAGUACCCAAAUCGAUACCCACUGUGGCGCCGAAGCUCCGGCGAAAUGGCCCCACGGGUACCCUCUCUUUGAAUCGCGGAAAGUGCGCCUCGCUAAAGAAGGUGCCCCCAUGGUCGCUCCAUGGAUAUAAAAAUAAAACGAACUUUCCAUCAAUACAUCCUGGGGGGAGUGAGGACAAACGGAAAAGGAACCCGUAUGAGGUAUCGCGGGAGAAGAAAAUGACAAUUUUGGUGAAGAGGGUUCGGUGCUUGACCUCCUUCGAGAGCAGCACUGAGAGCAACGGAAGGGGAGAUUCUACCAACCAGAGGGAUCAUACCAGUGAUGGUGGACGAGAUGCUGUAGGACGGAGGUGUCGCAUCAAGGGGGAAGUAACAGAUGGUGACAAAGCAACUUCUAGUUUCCCCGUCGACGGAAUAGAUGUUAUCAAAGAAACUUGUAAUUCCCCUGGUGAAGGAACAAUUGCUACAGUUGCAACAGAUGCAAUUUGCAACCUUCCUGACGCAGCAAACGAGCAGAAGGACACCCUUCUCUUACUGCUUACAAGGGAUUUCCGCGUGAACGACAACUGGGCGUUGAUAUACGCAUACGAGAUGGCCAAAAAGAAGGGCCUCACCCUCAUCGCCUGUACUUGUCUAAAUAGGAAAGAAAAAGUAACGAACCGAUUUAUUCACACAAAAUUGAAGAUUCUAAAGAAUUUAGAGUAUUCUUUGAAGAAAAUUAAUAUCCCCUUCUACAUGUUACCUCUGUACAUGAUUGAUGAAUUUGGUGAGUUCAUGAAAACACAUCAAGUUAAAAUAAUAACGUGUGACUUGCAUGUGUUGAAUGAUGAGAAGGCAUUCAUUAAGUCGCUAUCUCAUUUGUGUAACAAGAGGAAAGUAAAAAUGUUCCAAGUAGAUUCGCACAAUAUUGUCCCCAUGUGGGUUACUUCCAAAAUGGAGGAAUGCUCAGUGAGGACCAUCAAGCCAAAGAUACAGGCUCUCCUACCAACCUUCCUAAUUGAGUAUAUGUCGAUAGAACCUUUUGUACAAAAUUUAAAAUUCCCGGAACCGUUUGACAUAGACGAGGUAUUGAACAAGCUCAGCGUGUCCAACACGUGUGCGGUGGUCCCCAAUUUUGUUCUCACGGAAAAGAAGGCAGAAGAAUUGUUGAAAGAUUUUUGCAGUAAGGUUUUGGAUAAGUACAAUGUGAAGCGGAACGACCCGAACAGCGAUGCCGGCAGUGUGCUUUUGCCUUAUGUCAACUUGGGGAUCAUAUCUUCCCAGAGGUGCGUCCUGGAGGUGCACAAGCACGCAUACAACAAUCCGUCCAUAAAUGCGGUGAGCGGAAAGGAGUCGUUCAGCGACGACUUUAUCAUGCGCAAGGAGUUGGCGGACAAUUACUGCUACUACAACAAAAAUUACGACAACUUCGAAGGCGGCAGGGACUGGGCAAAAGAAAGUCUCAAAAAACACGACGCAGACAAAAGGGAGUAUUUAUACGAUUAUGAAGACUUUAGGAGUGCCAAGACACAUAAUGACAUGUGGAAUUGUUGCCAACUACAACUCAUCAAUGAAGGAAUAAUGCAUGAAUUUUUAAAAGUUUAUUGGGCGAAAAAAAUUCUGAACUGGUCAGGCAAUUCUCAGACAGCCCUAAAAUAUGCCCUGCAGUUAAAUAACGAAUUGUCCAUUGAUGGAAAGACCCCCAAUGGAUAUGUUUCCAUCAUGUGGUCUAUCAUGGGAGUACAUGACCAGAGUUGGAACGAGAAAAACAUCUUUGGAAAAAUUCGCUUUAUAAAUAGUAACGGAUGUAAACGUAACUUCGACCUGAACAUGUUCAUGUCAAAAUAUCCCAAGGGAAAAGAAAACGCUUCAAUUGUGAAGAAAAUUCCCACCAUUACAUUUGCCAAUUAUUUGAAGAAACGGAAAAAUUGUCCUGGGACUCCACUUGAUGAACCCUCACGGAAGAUGCGUGGCAAGGGGCCCGUCAGCUGA